CGCCAUCUUUUGGCGCAGUGAAGGUUUUGGUGGGGGAGAUGAAGCAACAGAUGUGUUGUCAGCGUUCUAAUAUCAGAAGGAGGGGUCGGGGGGAUUAAACCACGACUCUCCUCUAGUGAUAUGCCAGCGCUUUGACUUUGAUGGUGGGAGACAGCCAGACGGAGAAGCCAGCGACCGAGGAACCAUGGCUGUGUGAGGGCUGCAGACGGCAGGAAGGAACCUUUUACUGCUGAUCCACAAGAGGACAAAUCAACAGCGGACAUGAGGCUGGUCAGCGCCAGGAUCCGGGUCCCUAGGGCCGCGGAGUCGACGGAACCAGAGUCGGAGGAGGCAUCGGAACCACCUCAUCAUGAGCAUCACCACACAGAACACCAUGAGCACGCUCAUCCAGAACACCACCCGGGUCACGACUACGACCACAUGAAGGAUAAAUUCAUGAACGAGAUCACUCAUCUGCCAAUUCCCAUGUGGGCCGUGGGCGCCAUUGUCGUGGUGGUCCUGGCUCUGGUGGCGUGCUUCAUCUUUUGUGUUUUCAAAAAAUGCUUUGGGAAAAAGAAAAAGCCAAAGAAAGUACGGGAGAGGAAGGCUGGUCGCCGGAGAAAGGAGAAGGAGGGUGAAGGAGAAGUUGGUGAGAAGGAGGGUGAGGUGAAAAAAGAAGGGCAGGAGGAGGAUAAGGAGCAUGAGAAGCUGGGCAAACUGGAGUACUCUUUGGACUACAACUUCACAGAUGCACAGCUCAUCGUGGGCAUACUUCAGGCUCAAGAUCUAGCUGCCAUGGACAUGGGCGGAACCUCAGACCCGUACGUCAAAGUGUUUCUGCUGCCUGAUAAAAAGAAAAAGUAUGAAACCAAGGUCCAGCGCAAGAACUUGUGUCCUGUUUUUAAUGAGACCUUCAUCUUCAAGAUUCCAUACGCUGAGCUCGGCGGGAAGACGCUGGUGCUACAAGUCUACGACUUCGACCGCUUCUCCAAACAUGAUAUGAUCGGGGAGAUAAAGAUUCCCAUGAACAGCGUGGACUUGGGGCAGCCGAUGCAGACGUGGAGGGAUUUGGAAAGUGGCGAGAAGGAAGAGCAGGAAAAACUUGGAGACAUUUGUAUUUCUCUAAGAUACGUGCCCACUGCUGGAAAGCUCACUGUCAACAUCAUGGAAGCAAAGAAUCUGAAGAAAAUGGACGUCGGUGGUUUAUCAGAUCCGUACGUUAAGAUUGUUCUGCAGCAGAAUGGAAAACGUAUUAAGAAGAAAAAGACAACGGUGAAGAAAAACACACUCAAUCCGUACUUCAACGAAAGUUUCAGCUUCGAGGUGCCAUUCGAGCAGAUUCAGAAAGUGCAGGUCGUCAUCACCGUCUUUGACUACGACAAACUUGGGAGCAACGACCCCAUCGGGGGCACCUUCAUGGGUUACGGAGCGACCGGGGUGGGCCUGCGACACUGGUCCGACAUGUUGGCCAACCCCAGACGUCCAGUAGCCCAGUGGCACACACUCCUUCCAGAGGAGGAAGUGGAGGCAGCGCUCAAAGCAAAACCCCGCUAGAGUCUGUGAACGUGUCAGUGUCAACCCUGGUGUUUUGAUCGUGGUGUCAUUUUGUUUCUGUUCAUAAGCUACAACCUGCUGUUAGGGUGACAGCAAAAUCAUUUCAUUUUCUGAGACGGGUCCUACAGCGAGAAACUCACAAACUCACACACUGAGUCGGGGCCACACAGUCUACCCCAGCUGCUUCAGGGUCAAGGCAUUGACCACCCCAACAAGUCCACCACAGGGCACAUCCGGACAGACGACCACUCACAUAGUCACACACACAUACAAUUCACCAUGGCCUUCACCUGUGUGUAGGAGGAGACACAUGAGCAAACUCAUGAGGCUGAAGCACAAACCUCUAUCCCGCCACAGCAAUACAAUAUACAGGCGCAGAGUAUCUAACCCAAUGGAGGACUGUCACGCCAUUUUCUCCCAUACAAGUAUUUUGAUCUCAAUAAGUUGUGAAUAGAAUCGCCUCAAUGAGAAGGGCAGCCGUCGAUUUGAAGCAAUAUUAUACCAGUUGAAUGUGAGCAAAUUGUAGCGACAGUCAACACAGAACUUGUUGUCCUUGUGUCGUCUUAGAACACAAGAUGUAAUAGACGUUUCAGUAUCACCACCUUGCACCCACCAGCUGGUUGUUCUGGAUGAAAACUGGCUGGUGUCAAGUCAUAUUGUCAUUUGUUUUCCUUUAAUAAACAUCCACUGAGAACUGUGA